AUGGAGACAACCAGAAUUUUUGUCAAAGGCCUUCCGCCUACUAUUACAGAGGCGGAGUUUCGGAAGCACUUUUCGGCCAAGAACCGCGAGAUCACCGAUCUCAAGCUCAUCCCUCAGCGGCGCAUUGGCUAUGUGGGCUACAAAACACCCGAGGAUGCCUCAGGGGCCGUCAAGUACUUCAACAAGUCGUACAUUCGCAUGUCUAAGAUCUCCGUUGAACCAGCUAAGCCGAUCUCAGACCCAGCCCUGAACAAGAACACACGAUCAGUCCAUUCCGAUCAUCAGGUGGCGAGCCACCCACCCCUCAAGAAAGAUGAGGAGGGUGGCUCUAAGAAGCGCAAGCGAGAGGACCUGGAUGAGUCCGAUCCUAAGCUGCGAGAGUUUCUCCGCGUGAUGAAGACGGGCAAGGAGGGUGUCAUUGCUGAUGAAACAAAUCCUGAUGCCGAUAUGGCUGGACUUGCCACGAGUGGAGAGCCCCUUGUCGUGGAGGGCGAGAGUGACGAUGAAUACGAGCAAAUCCCGAAGAGAAAAGAAAAAUUACGCAAGACAGAAUCAUCUGAGGCGACUCGAGAUCUGGUGAUGAACCAAAAAUUACCAAGGGAGACGUCGGAUCAUGGCGCUCUGCCUGCGGCGGAAGAGGUUGUCGCCGACGAUGUGAAACCUCAAGAGGCCGAGAAGCUUCCUCAACCGGAAGCUGGGGCGGCGACAGAUGACGACUGGCUUAGAUCACGCACAAAAACAGCAGUUGAGGCUGAAAUUGUCGUGCAAGACAGCGGGGAUAGGGACGACACCCCGCCUUCUCCUCGCGAAGCUGUUGAUGAAGAUACCCCCGAAGAGGUAGAUGACAAGGGAGCGGAGGGCACCGGUGUGGAUGGUGCGAUUGCCACAAUCAUGCGGACGUCUCGGCUCUUUGUUCGCAAUCUCCCUUAUACCACCACAGAAGAAGAUCUCCAUCAAGAGUUUGGGAAAUUUGGCACUCUACAGGAGGUACAUCUACCGACCAAUGCUUCGGGAGUUCGCAAGGGGUUUGCGAUGGUGUUGUUUGAAGAUUCAUCUAAUGCCGUGAGUGCAUUCCAAGCUCUUGAUGGGGUAACUUUCCAGGGGCGCAUUCUGCACAUCAUUCCUGCCGAAGCCAAGAAGAGUGUGGACGAGUUUGGAAUGUCAAAGUUACCCCUGAAGAAGCAAAACAUGAUACGCAAAAAAACUGAGGCGGCAACGAGCGUUUUCAACUGGAAUUCGUUGUACAUGAGCCAGGACGCCGUCAACGCCUCCGUUGCUGCACGCCUGGGCGUCUCGAAAUCUGAAGUUCUCGAUCCCACAUCUGCCGAUGCGGGCGUCAAGCAAGCCAUUGCAGAAACGACAGUCAUCCAGGAAACCAAGGCUUUUUUUGCUUCCAAUGGCGUAGAUUUGGAUGCCUUCAAAUCACACAAGCGAGGGGGCUCCUCUAUUCUUGUCAAGAACUUUCCCUACGGCACUUCGAUGGAAGAACUCCGGAAAAUGUUUGAGGAGUGUGGUCCAGUUCUCAGAGUUCUGAUGCCACCCACCGGCACAAUUGCCAUCAUCCAAUUCGCCCAACUGAAUCACGCAAAGGCCGCAUUUGGCAAGAUGGCGUACCGUCGAGUCAAAGACAGCGUCCUUUUCUUGGAAAAGGCCCCAGUCGAUCUCUUCAAAAAGGACGCGGCGCACGACCAGGCUAGCUUGGUUGUGGAUCAGCAGCGCACUGGGGUCCAAAAAUUAAGCGUCGACGAAUUGCUGUCAAGCGGCGAUAAGGUCGAGGAGCCUGCGGAAACCGCAUCACUCUUUGUCCGCAAUUUAAACUUUGCCACGACGACAGAGAAGUUGGCUGAGGUCUUUGAGCCUCUUGACGGUUUCGUCUCGGCUCGUGUCAAGACAAAAAUAGAUGCCAAAAAGCCAGGCCAGACGCUCAGCAUGGGCUUUGGCUUUGUAGAGUUUCGAUCUAAGAGCCAAGCCCAGGCGGCGCUCAAGACUAUGGAUGGCUACGUUUUGGAUGGCCAUGCACUGGGCGUCAAAGCCUCACACAGGGGCCACGAUGCUGCCGAGGAGAGACGGCGCGAGGACGCGGCUAAAAAGGCUGCAUCCCAAAGAACCAAGAUCGUCAUCAAGAAUUUACCUUUCCAAGCCACCAAGAAAGACAUCCGCACGCUGUUCGGGACGUAUGGGCAACUUAGAUCGGUCCGCGUUCCAAAGAAGGCGGACUAUACCGCAAGAGGUUUUGCAUUUGCUGACUUUGUGACCCCUCGAGAGGCAGAGAAUGCGCUAAACGCAUUGAAAGAUACCCACCUGCUCGGCCGGCGACUAGUAUUAGACUUUGCUGCUGCCGAGGCUGUCGAUGCUGAAGAAGAGAUCGAGAAGAUGCAACGAAAGGUAGGGGGGCAGGCCAAUAAAAUGGCCCUUCAGCAGCUUACUGGAGGAGGGAGGAAAAAGGUUACUAUUGGCAAUGACGAGGAUGAGCUUGAGGCUUAA